CGGCGUGACGUCACGGGGCAGUUUCCCAGGAUAGCUGCGGGAGUCUGAGGCUCGCAGGGCGGGGAGAGAGCGACAACACCGACCGUCAUCCGUGGGAGAGGCAGACACCCGGCACGGCUGCGUGCGGGGAGGAGCGCUUCAUCUGUGGGAUAUUCUUUAUUAAUAUAAAAACAAACGCACUCUCCGGGGAGUCCCCGCGGAUCUCAGAGCCCUCAGAGCGGCGCGAUGGAGGAUGGGAAGCCGGUGUGGGCGCCACACCCAGCGGACGGGUUCCAGCUGGGAACUAUAGUGGACAUCGGAGCCGACAGCCUCACCAUCGAACCUCUGAAACAGGGAAAGACAUUUGUGGCUGCUAUCAACCAAGUCUUCCCUGCAGAGGAUGACGUCAACAAACAAGUGGAGGAUAACUGUUCGCUGAUGUACUUGAAUGAAGCCACUCUGCUCAACAAUGUUCGAGUGAGAUACAGCAAAGACAAAAUUUAUACGUUUGUAGCCAACAUCCUGAUCGCGGUGAACCCGUACUAUGACAUCCCAAAGCUUUACACGCCGGAGACCAUCAAGCAGUACCGGGGCCGGUCUCUGGGAACGCUGCCGCCGCACGUCUACGCCAUCGCUGAUAAGGCAUACAGGGACAUGAAGGUCCUGAAGAUGAGCCAGUCCAUCAUCGUCUCAGGGGAGUCUGGAGCCGGGAAGACCGAAAACACCAAGUUUGUGCUCAGAUACUUGACCUCCUCGUAUGGAACAGGUCAGGACAUCGAUGAGAGGAUAGUGGAAGCUAACCCGCUGCUGGAGGCGUUCGGAAACGCUAAAACUGUCAGGAACAACAACAGCAGUCGCUUCGGAAAGUUUGUGGAGAUCCACUUCAAUGAGAAGAAUGCCGUAGUGGGCGGCUUCGUGUCGCACUACCUGCUGGAGAAGUCGAGGAUCUGCAGACAAAGCCCCGAGGAGAGAAACUACCACAUCUUCUACCGACUGUGUGCCGGAGCCACUGAGGACAUCCGGCAGAAGUUCCACCUCGGCUCACCCGACACGUUCAGGUACCUGAACAGAGGAUGCACUCGCUUCUUCGCUUCCAAAGAUACAGACAAACAGAUUCUGCAGAACCGCAAGAGCCCCGAGCACAUGAAGUUGGGCCCUCUGAAGGACCCGCUUCUGGACGACCAUGGCGACUUCAACAGGAUGUGCGUGGCCAUGAAGAAGAUCGGCCUGGACGACACGGAGAAGCUGGACCUGUUCAGGGUGGUGGCCGGCGUCCUGCACCUCGGCAAUAUCGACUUCGAGGAGGCUGGAAGCACAUCAGGAGGCUGCGCCAUCAAGAACCAGUCGAGUCAGACGCUGGAGCACUGUGCCGAGCUGCUGGGCCUGGACGAAGAGGACCUGAGGGUCAGCCUCACCACCAGGGUCAUGCUCACGACAGCAGGGGGCGCCAAAGGAACAGUCAUCAAAGUGCCACUCAAAGUGGAGCAGGCUAACAACGCUCGGGACGCCCUGGCGAAGGCCGUGUACAGCCGCCUGUUCGACCACGUGGUGACCAGAGUCAACCAGUGCUUCCCCUUCGACUCCUCCUCCAACUUCAUAGGCGUCCUGGACAUCGCUGGCUUUGAGUACUUUGAACACAACAGCUUCGAGCAGUUCUGCAUCAACUACUGUAACGAGAAACUGCAGCAGUUCUUCAACGAGCGCAUCCUGAAGGAGGAGCAAGAGCUGUACCAGAAGGAGGGUCUCGGAGUCAACGAGGUCCACUAUGUCGACAAUCAGGACUGCAUAGACCUCGUGGAGGCGAAGCUGGUCGGCAUCCUGGACAUCCUGGACGAAGAGAACCGACUACCUCAACCCAGUGACCAGCACUUUACUGACACCGUUCACAACAAACACAAGGACCACUUCCGCCUCACCGUGCCCAGGAAGUCUAAGCUGGCCGUCCACAGGAACGUGAGGGAUGAUGAAGGAUUCAUUGUCAGACACUUUGCAGGAGCUGUGUGCUACGAGACGACCAAGUUCGUGGAGAAGAACAACGACGCCCUGCACAUGUCUCUCGAGUGUCUGGUCAGCGAGUCCAAGGACCGCUUUGUCCGCGAACUCUUUGAAAACUCCAACAACAGCAAAGACGUUGAAGCAGAAGGCGGAAAACUCAGCUUCAUCAGCGUCGGCAACAAGUUUAAGAUGCAGCUGAAUAUUCUUCUGGACAAGCUCCGCAGCACGGGCUCCAGCUUCAUCCGCUGCAUUAAGCCCAACCUGAAGAUGAUCAGCCACCAGUUUGAAGGCGCUCAGAUCCUCUCCCAGCUGCAGUGCUCCGGUAUGGUGUCAGUCCUGGAUCUGAUGCAGGGCGGCUUCCCCUCCAGGGCUCCCUUCCAUGAACUCUACAACAUGUACCAGAAGUACAUGCCUCCAAAACUCACCCGGCUCGACCCCCGCCUCUUCUGCAAGGCUUUGUUCAAAGCUCUGGGAUUGGACGAGAACGACUACAAGUUCGGCUUGACCAGAGUGUUUUUCCGGCCCGGGAAGUUUGCAGAGUUUGACCAGAUCAUGAAAUCGGACCCGGAUCACCUGGCAGAGCUGGUGAAGAAGGUCAACAAGUGGCUCAUCCACAGCCGCUGGAAGAAGGUCCAGUGGUGCGCUCUGUCCGUCAUCAAAUUGAAGAACAAGAUUUUGUACCGGACCAGCGCCUGUAUCAAGAUGCAAAAGACAGUCCGGAUGUGGCUGUGCAGGAAGAAGCACAAGCCUCGCAAUCGACGGUUAGUCCAGGUUCGAAACCUGAAGAAGAGAUGGGCCGCUUUCAAAACGAGGGGGGCCGGGCUUAAGGAGGGCAGCAGGAAAUGACAAGCAGAUCCAGAUCUGGACACCGCCAUCGACUCCCUGAUGGUCAAAAUAAAGAGCACCGUCAUGACCCGGAUCGACAUCGACCACGCGUACCAGGCUUUGGUGACCCGGUCGGAGCAGCUGCUGACCGCCAUGCAGAACAAGAAGAAGGAGGAGGAGGAGCGCGAGCGGCUGAGACGCAUCCAGGAGGAGAUGGAGAGGGAGAAGAAGAGGAGGGAGGAGGAGGAGAAACGCCGCAAACAGGAGGAGGAGGACAGGCGACUGAAAGCAGAGAUGGAGGUGAAGAGGAAGCAGGAAGAGGAGGAGAGGAAGAGGAGGGAGGAGGAGGAGAGGAGGAUCCAGGUGGAGAUGGAGCUGCAGCUGCUGGCGGAGCGGGAGGAGGAAGCUGCUCGGCAGGCCGUCCUGGAGCAGGAGAGGAGGGACCGGGAGCUGGCGCUGAGGAUCGCUCAGAGCGAGUCCGAGCUCAUCCCGGAGGAGGUGCAGAACGACUCGGGCCUGCGCAGCCCUGCUGGAACCACAAAACUCAAGAGCUUGACCAUGGAAGAAAUGGCGAAGGAAAUGACUGAACUUCUGGCUCGAGGUCCACAGGUUCAGGCCUCCAAGGCUGCCGCCGGAGCCAAGAAGUACGAGCUGAGCAAGUGGAAGUACGCUGAGCUGCGGGACGCCAUCAAUACCUCAUGCGACAUCGAGCUGCUGGCCGCCUGCAGAGAGGAGUUCCACCGCCGGCUCAAAGUUUACCACGCCUGGAAGUCAAAGAACAAGAAAAGAAACACGGACACGGAGCAGCGAGUGCCCAAAUCCAUCACCGACUACGCCCAGCAGAACCCGGCCCCGCCCAUACCGGCCCGGCAGUACGAGGUGGCGAUGAACCGGCAGCAGCGCUACUUCCGCAUCCCGUUCAUCCGGCCGGGCGACCAGUACAAAGACCCGCAGGGCAAGAAGAAGGGCUGGUGGUACGCUCACUUCGACGGGCCGUGGAUCGCCAGGCAGAUGGAGCUGCAUCCAGACAAACACCCCAUCCUGCUGGUGGCGGGAAAGGACGACAUGGAGAUGUGCGAGCUGAGUCUGGAGGAGACGGGCCUGUCGAGGAAGCGCGGCGCCGAGAUCCUCCCGCGGCAGUUCGAGGAGAUCUGGGAGCGCUGCGGCGGCAUCCAGUACCUCCGCAGCGCCAUCGAGAGCCGACAGGCGCGACCCACCUACGCCACGGCGAUGCUGCAGAGCAUGUUCAAGUGACGCCGCCCGCCUCCUCCACCCACCUCCAAUGGGGCGGCUUCUCACUGCAAACAAAGGGACAAACGCACCAGCUACCUAACACAGAUGGCGUCUCGAGCGUACUGCACCGGGUUCUGACUGGCAUUCAGCGAUUUCUCUCAACUGUCCUUUUGUCUUCUUUCUUUUUUUUUUUGGUUCUCGCCGGCUUUCACCUCCUCGACUGUGGGGACGGGGGCAGGGAAGCUUCGCGGUGAACCCUAUGCAGAAAAAUCAAACUAAAUUAUCACAUCCGGUUGUUUUCUAAGGAAUCCUGUCCUCCGUAACAUCUCCGCAAGUCUAACUCCGAGGCCUUAACACGACUGUAACAGGGUUUAAUCGCCACAAGUAGACUUCUUUGUUCUGUUCAGAGCUGCCUCCCCCGACAAGAUUAAUUCCUCUGUAAUUAUGCAUUCCUGAUGAUUACACUGAAGUCUCACUGGUGUGUCGCUUCCAUCCUAACAGCUAGCUGGUGAUCCCUCUUAAAACCUGCUGUUUACAUUGUCUUCAUGCGGCUCUGACACGAGCUGCAUGAGUCCGAUUAUUCCUCGUGACUCAUGAUUAAGUCAAAUAUUUGCUAAUACUUUGUUUUUUAUUUCACCUUUUUGUCUCUCCAAGCGAAUGUAACUCGAGAGCUCGUUGAUUCGUUCACGUAGUGAUUCCUCUUUCUGUGAUUAAAGCUAACGAGAGCGGUACAGAGACCAGACACGGCUCCGGACGUCGACUCGUCGGGUUUUUUUUCUUGAUUUCUUAGUUUGUUUUUGGCCUGAGCGGUAAUUCAGCUCCGUGAUUUAGUUUGUGUCUGUUUUAUCAAAGCAAACGCAGAAAAUGUGAAAUAAUAAUUAUGCAAAAGCUGAAGAUGCAACUCGUGCUGUUUGAGAACAGAUCAGCGCCGCAAACAAAGAAACAUUCACGCCAUCGUCAGUCGUCACAUUUGAGGAAACUUCGUUUGCCAACACAGUGAUUCCCAAGGCAGGUUCACGUUUCUCAUCGCUGAAAAGAUAA